AUGCAAGAAUUCACUGUUGUAAUUGUUGGUGGUGGUCCUUCUGGCCUAGCAAUUUCAGCUUUACUAAGUCAAAACUCCAUUUCUCACGUCAUACUUGAAAAAGAGGAGUGCAAUGCUUCUCUUUGGAGAAAAAAUGCUUAUGAUCGUUUGAACCUCCACUUAGCUAGUGAAUUUUGCUCUUUACCCCUCAUGCCACAUCCAUCCUCUAGCCCAACAUACCUAACCAAAGACCAAUUUCUUCAAUACAUAGAUAAAUAUGUUGAUCAUUUUGACCUAAAACCUCGUUAUUACCGUGUCGUUGAGUUUGCUAAGUAUGAUGAAGUUAAAAACAAAUGGGUUAUUGAAGCAAAAAACACCAUUGAAGGUACCUUAGAAGUUUAUGGGGCAAAGUUUCUUGUGGUUGCAUCUGGUGAAAAUAGUGAAGGUUUUAUUCCGGAUGUGUCUGGAUUAGGACAAUUUGAAGGAGAUGUGAUACACUCCAAGAACUACAAAUCUGGUUCGAAAUAUAAAUCAAAAGAUGUUUUGGUUGUUGGGUGUGGUAACUCAGGAAUGGAGAUUGCAUAUGAUCUCCAUAACUGGGGUGCUAACACUUCCAUUGUUAUUCGAAAUCCGCUUCAUGUCUUCACCAGAGAUAUGAUUCGUUUAGGGAUGCGCUUGGUGCAAUAUAUUCCUGUUUAUAUAGUGGAUACAAUCAUUACACUCCAAGCAAAAUUCAAAUAUGGCGAUCUGUCCCAAUACGGGAUUUAUCGUCCUAAAGAUGGACCUUUGUAUCUCAAAAACACUACCGGAAAAUCUGCCGUUAUUGAUGUUGGAACCAUUGAAAAAAUUAAGGAAGGAGCUAUAAAGGUUGUUCCUUCAGGUAUAAAGAAAAUUGUGAAGAAAAAUAUUAUCUUUGAAAAUAAUGUGGAAAGAGAGUUUGAUGCAAUUAUUUUUGCUACCGGUUACAAAAGUGUAGCUAAUGGAUGGCUAAAGGAUUAUAAAUAUGCUCUUAAUGAAAAGGGAUUUCCUAAAAAUCCUUUUCCAAAACAUUGGAAGGGAGAUCGUGGAUUGUACUGUGCUGGACUUGCAAGAAAAGGUUUGUUUGGAGUCAAAAAGGAUGCUGAGGCAAUUGCUGAAGACAUCAAGCAAAUUUUAAAGUUGAAAAAUUAAUUAUUAUUAUGCAUUGAAUAAGUCUUGUAUGCCCUUUUAGUUUCUACAUUAAUUAAUGAA